AUGGUUGAUACAAAGGCGCUUGCAUUAACCGCUAUCAUGCUCGCUCCCUGCGUAAUGGCAGAGAUGCGGCUCAAUGUGACGUCGAUCAGCGCACAAGACGGCGCCUUUACCAUUGAGUGUUGGGAGGUGGAUUCGUCCAUCACCACUGACGGUAAUUUAAGCUUGGGGAACGUACAAAAUAUCACCUGGUUAUCCCACCCGCAAAGUUCGAAGGGCCACAAUACCCUUUGCAAUCUCUCCACACGUCCCAGGUGGCUGUUCUUCAUAAAAGGAACGUUUCGUCUCACGCUUCCCGGCAACGAUUCAACCGAGGCAUACCUCGCGGGAACUCGGGCUUUUGUCACGCUAGUGCGUCACUGGGUGAUACCGAGACUGUUUUUGCUCGGAUUGCCACGGAGGGUGGAUUGCUUCCUGACCAUAGAAGAAUACAUUUGGGCGCAUGCGAUAUGA